CUGUUGAAGUGUUUCUGCAAGUAUUUCCCCUUAACCUCAAAAUUACAACAUUUUCCUCGCGGUUUUCAUCAGUUUUCAUUGCAAAAUAUACUUGAAAAAUGAGUGAUUUUGACUCAUCGUCUGGCUCGAAAGCGGGAGACGCUGAACUGCAAGACUUCCUGCAGAUAGAACGACAGAGAGCACAAGUAAAUGCCCAGAUUCACGAGUUCAACGAUAUCUGCUGGGACAAGUGCGUGGACAAGCCCAGCAACAAGCUAGAUGGGAAGACCGAAUCCUGCCUCUCGAAUUGCGUGGACAGGUUUAUUGACACCUCCCUCUUGAUCACGAACCGCUUUGCCCAAAUCCUGCAGAAGAGCCAAGGCGGCCUUUAGACUUUAGAAAGUAACUC